CUGAAAAUGGAUUAACGACCCGACUCAAUUCCGUGUAAUAAAAGAAGAACCCUAACUCCUUCUCUCCCAUUCCCAGCGCACACAUUGGAAUUAGGGUUUCUGUUCUCACAAGCGCGAGAGGGAAAUGGCUCCUAAACAGCCUAGUACUGGCUUGUUCGUUGGUUUGAACAAGGGUCACGUUGUCACCAAGAAGGAAUUGGCUCCACGCCCUUCAGAUCGCAAAGGAAAAACCAGCAAGAGGGUGCACUUUGUGAGAAGCCUCAUCCGUGAGGUUGCUGGGUUUGCUCCUUAUGAGAAGCGUAUCACUGAGUUGCUCAAGGUUGGAAAAGACAAGAGGGCACUCAAGGUUGCAAAGCGAAAGCUAGGAACCCACAAGCGUGCAAAGCGAAAGCGUGAGGAGAUGUCCAAUGUUCUCCGAAAGAUGAGGUCUGGUGGUGGAGCUGGAGACAAGAAGAAAUAAGUCUUAUUUACUUCGUUCUAGUUUUCCUAGAUGGUUUGAUGUUUUGAUAGACAAGUGCUGUCUUAUUACUUUUAUUUUGACUCAGUUUAUUCAGUUCUGUUUCAUGUGUUAAGAAAUGCUUUAUUUAACUAAGACGUGAUUUUGGGCA